CUUAUUUAAAUAUUAUUUUUACAAAAAAUCCAUUGGCAGUAAACCCUGUUUCCUCUCCUUCCUCCCCUCGUCUCUCGUCUCUCGUCUCUCGUCUCAACACUUCCAUUACACAAAGCCAUAGCACAGAGAAGAAAUGUUUCUAACUCACCAGUUUCCAAGAAUCCAUUCCCACUUUCUCUUUUCCUCCUUCACAUCCCACAAGCCCACGAAACUCUUCCUAAUCACCUCAGACCUCUUAUCCAAACCCAAACCCAAACCCAAACCCAAACCUGAUUCCGUACCCGUACCCUCACCCCUCUCCCACUUCUCUACACUCACUCCCACCACCACAGCUCCUUCUCUACCCCAUGAACAAGAAAGCUUACAACUUUCUCUUGAAACCCUUUUCGUGCCGCCCGAAACAGAUGUUUCGUCCCUUCUAAACGCGCCUUUGAGCGCAAGAAUCUUGAAGGGCUCGAACAUUGUGCUGAGCAAGUACGCUGGAGAUGGUGUGGAGAUUGUGAAUGCGGACUUUGUGAAGAGCAGUGUGAGAACCGAGGAUUGCCCCUCUGAUGGAAUGCCGGAGUUUGCGCUUGUGGGCCGGUCUAAUGUGGGGAAAUCAUCGCUUCUUAAUUCGCUUGUUAGGCGCAAGCGCCUCGCUCUUACUUCUAAGAAACCCGGGAAGACACAAUGCAUCAAUCAUUUUCGCAUUAAUGAUAGCUGGUACCUCGUUGAUUUGCCAGGCUACGGGUAUGCCGCUGCACCACAUGAGCUGCGAACCGACUGGGAUAAAUUCACCAAGGAUUAUUUCCUUAACCGCUCAACUCUUGUCUCAGUAUUCCGAUUGAUCUGGAGUACGCAAGUUGGUUGGGACAAAACCAGAUCCCUAUGACUUUAAUAUUUACAAAAUGCGACAAACGGAAAAAGAAGAAGAACGGGGGAAAGAGACCCGAAGAGAAUGUGCAAGAUUUUCAGGAACUCAUACGUGGCUUCUUCCAGACAGCACCACCUUGGAUUAUGACCAGUAGUGUGACAAAUCAAGGUCGCGAGGAAAUAUUGUUGCACAUGUCUCAGUUACGGAACUACUGGCUCAAGCAUUAAGUUAUUUGGGGCCUCUGGACAAUUUUCCUGAAAGAGUUGUCAAUGAGGGAUUCUUUUGAUCAUCGCAAAAGGCUUGCAUGAGGGAAGGUGGUCGCAACAUUGAAAUACGCUAAAACUACAUACAUAUGACAGUAUGUUAUGGAAGAGCUUUUACGCCCUAUGGUACUUUUCCAUUAGUUAUAAGAUUGGAUUCAGUGGCAUGGAUGCAGAAGACUUGAGAUUGCAUCAAGUAAUGGAAGCAGAUACUUGGAAUUUGGUCAUGAGGUGAUGCCAAGGCUUAAACCUUUUGUGUCUGUGUAGUGUAUUUUAAUGUUGAAGGAGGUGUGGCCAUUGGUUGGGGAGUUACUUUGUAUAGUCAAAAGCUUAAAUUAGAGCUUGCAGUAGUCGUCCGCUUCAAAACUAUAUAAUGCUCAACUUUUGGCAUUUGCUCUAAAUAAGAAUUUGAAUUUACAUAUCUAUUA